UCCUUCGCGAUGUACAAAGCCACAGACGGCAUGGCUGGCCUGGGGUCCGUAACAGUCCAACUGCCUCCUGAAUGGGCAAUCCGGUCCUGCAUCCCUCCUUCCCCGACACCUGGGGAAGAACCUCCUAUAACCACUCAGGACCCACAAAUAAUUGUUGACAGUCCGCACGCUGUUUUCGGGGACACUCCUUGGACACAACAGAGUGGUGGAUGUGGGCAACAAGGGAACUUCAUUCAGCUUGGUGUGAAUUUUCUAAAGUCCGCUAAUGUGUCGGAAUCUUCCGGCGAACGCGCCGGUCGGAUUUUGCUCGCUGAGUGGGCCAAGUUUCGGUGGGGCGUGUUUUCUGAGUCAGGACAUCAAAGAGACCCGUUAUAUCCUCCAUGGUACAGCUCACAUCCUCCAUCCUGGGAACCCAACGUAUGCAGCGACGUCGUAUCCCUGGCUCACACACCAGCGUGUCCUCCGCAUCUCAACGCUCGCUGCCCCUGGCCGCACUCGACCGUAGAGAACGCCACGUCGUCUCUACUGGCUACUCCCCAACUGCCCAAGGUAGCCUACUUCUGCACGCCUGCAACACACAACAGCGAGGCGCCUACAAAACACAACGCUCUGUGCUCCGGCCGUUCUACCUGGGAGGUCAUCAGACAGUCCAAAGACUUCCGCAACAUGAGGUGGGUGAUACUCAGCACGCACACAAGCGAUUCAAUGGUGCUUAAUAUUCAACGACGCUGGGACUUCGUACGCAAGUCCGUACGCCGCGCCAUCGUCUACGACUUGCCAGACAACGCGCGCGCCGGCGUUAUAGUCUUCAACGAGCGUAGCAAGGAGGUGUCACCGCUCUCCACGCUGGAGAGCGUAUCGGACCUGAGAGAGCGCGUUGGUUCGUCGUUACCAAGGAACCCUUCGUCCGUCCGCGCCAGCCAAGCGUGUAUCGCAUGCGCCUUGCGUGCCGCGGCCGAGCUGCUGCGUACUGGAGGCGAGAGCUCC